UGCCAUUAUGUGCGUGCAUCUAUGCGAAAAGAAGUGUCAUGCCAAUCACAUCUGAGGUGUGGUGCGUGGACAGUGCAGCGGCAAGUCUGUCUCGUCCACGACCGUCUUCUCCAUGCACUCCACAUUUGGCAAUGAUAAGCAUUGCACAACGUGGACAGGUCUCUACGUUGCACAGAUUAAACUCGCCCCUAAAAUCGGCUCAACGUGCUUGUAAAUCUUAGCUGAUCUUCGCAUGCGUUGCUGCUGCUUAACCUUCUGCUCGUACUCGUCAGAUGGCGCCAGAGGCACUUGACGCAUUUUUGAGCAGACGACUGCAUCGGAUGUAAACAUAGGAGAAUUUUAUCAAACGGAUAGAGGUUCAGGCUUGUUUUUGUAUUUUAUUGCGCUUUGUUUGGAGCACAUGUAUUCGUAAUGCAUAUGACAGAGCAAAAGAGGGAUUAACGCGGUUCCUCAGCUGGGGACUGCCCAAUCGACAUGGGCUGAACAUGCGGACGAAUUCUGCAUAUCAAACACGAUCCCGACGGGUCAUCGGAGUGCGAUGACCGUCAUGAAAUUGGUGCAGCCUCAAAAUUCAUGUGAGUAACCCCUUCGCCAACAUGAAGAGCAUUGCUGCUUUGUGUCUUCUAGCUGGUCUCGCAGCAUACAUUGAAAGUGCUUGCAUCCAUAAAAACUAUGGAAGGGGGAGCACUGUCUGCGUUUGUAACCAAACACAAUGUGAUAUGCUUGGGAAAAUACGAAAACAAGACGUUGGAAUUGCGGCAUCAUAUGAAAGCAGUAAGGAUGGCUCAAGGUUUUUAUCCACAACGCAUGAAUUUAUAUCACAGCAAAUUAACCUGACAGAUGCCAAGAGAACAGACAAUAUAAUUGUUAUUGAUCGACAACGUGCCUAUCAAGGCAUCAUCGGUUUUGGUGGAGCAUUCACUGAUGCAACUGGUAUCAACAUACUCAGCCUUGAAGAACCUUUGCGCACUCAGCUACUGGAGACUUACUUCUCCUCACAUGGCGCAGAUUACAACAUGGGAAGAGUACCCAUAGCAAGUUGCGACUUUUCUACGCACGAAUAUUCUUACGAUGAUGAAGCCAAUGACUUUGAGCUGUCGCACUUCAGCCUUACAUCUGAAGACACAAUGUACAAGAUCCCAUUCAUACAUCAGGCACAGAAACUAAGAGCAACAGAGAAGUUGCUACUGAUCGCAUCGCCAUGGAGUGCUCCCGCGUGGAUGAAAACAAACAGCAGGAUGAGUGGGCGUGGCUCACUAAAGGGCAGCCCUAACUCCACGUAUUACAAGACAUGGGCAAAUUACUUUGUGAAAUUCCUCGAUGCAUACGAUAAACAAAAUGUUUCAUUCUGGGGCAUUACCGUACAAAAUGAGCCGAGCUCAGGAUACCUGCCAAUGUACCCUUUCCAGUGCAUGGCCAUGUCUCCGGGCCUGGAACGAGACUUUCUGAAAUAUGACCUCGGUCCUGCGCUUGCAAGUGCAGGUUAUGGAACUGAUAGACUACACGUUUUGAUUCUGGACGAUCAACGUGUCUUUCUUCCUUACUGGGCUAAUAUGGUGCUACGUGAUGAGGAAGCUGCAAGGUAUGUCACAGGAAUAGCAUUCCACUGGUAUUGGAACCAUAUUCGAGGACCUACAGUGCUAGAUGAGACACACUACCAGCAUCCAGGAAAAUUUCUCCUAUCUACAGAGGCGUGUGAAGGACCAACAUCGAUGGCAAGAAAUAAAGUGAAGCUAGGAAGUUGGAGUCGAGCCGAGAGCUAUGCACAUGACAUUAUUCAGGACUUGCUUCACUGGACCACCGGCUGGAUCGAUUGGAAUUUGGCCCUAGACCUUCAGGGUGGACCGAACUGGGCAAAGAAUUUUGUUGACUCACCAAUCAUUGUCAAUGCAACAGCGCAAGAGUUCUACAAACAGCCCAUGUACUACGCCUUGGCACAUUUUAGUAAAUUUAUACGUCCUAUGUCAAAACGAAUCUACAGCAAACAACCAAAGAAUGUGGAGGUGGCUUCAUUUGUUACACCAGAGAAUGCAACGGUGCUGGUCGUUCUGAACCGGAAUUCGGAGUUGCAAGAAAUUACAGUUGUGGAUCCUGAACUAGGAUACUUCAACUAUAGCAUACCUGCGCACGCCAUUCAGACCUAUAUUUGGUGGCGGCUCUAACUUUCCUGCACGUUGCUGCAUAGUUGUAUAGCUAUUUAUUUGGAAUUAAAACUGACGCUGCACCUGC